GUGAGCAUACAGGUCAGUCCAGCCAACCCACUGUGGUUUGAAAGGAACCACUUUACGGACUACUUUAUUUUUAUUUCGCAGGUGUAUGUUAGCUUUUUAUCUUUUCUUCCUGCGAAAUGAAGAAUAAACUACCCUGGACUGAAUAUAUAUAGCUAGUUUAUGUUAAUCGACAUUUUGUUCCAAUCCGCAAAAAAUCAUUACAGUUUUGUUCUUUGUGGCCAUCUGCGUGUUUUCUAGAAUCACACGAUGGCAGAUACGAAACAUUCCCGGGUAAUUUUCUGCGACGAUUCCCCGAAAAGGGUUUUGGUUUCUGUUAUCAAGACGACCCCGAUCAAGCCCAAGAAAGCAGACGCUUUGAUGCCAACGAGCCCAGGCUUCAGUGACUUCAUGGUCUACCCGUGGAAAUGGGGAGAGAACGCCCACAAUGUGACCCUGAGCCCGGGCUCUGUCAACGGAGCUGCCUCCCCGACAGGGACGCAGAUGGCCCGGGAAGCGGACACGGCUCCGUCGCCUGACCAAAUCAAGGAUGGUAUCCGCAGGGGCCGUCCUCGAGCGGACACGGUCCGGGAGCUGAUAAGCGAGGGGGAAACCUCAUCCAGUCGGAUUCGCUGCAACAUUUGCAACCGCGUGUUCCCCAGAGAGAAGUCCCUGCAGGCUCACAAGAGGACGCACACAGGAGAGAGGCCGUACAUGUGUGACUACCCAAACUGCGGGAAGGCGUUUGUGCAGAGCGGUCAGCUGAAGACACACCAGAGGCUGCACACGGGCGAAAAGCCCUUCGUCUGCUCAGAGAAAGGAUGUGGAAGUCGCUUCACACACGCCAACCGUCACUGCCCCAAACACCCCUUCUCUCGCCUGAACAGGGAGGAGCCAAAGGUGGGCCCGGGGAAGGCUCAGUCUGCAGAUAACAAGGCUGUGGCAGAGUGGCUGGCAAAAUACUGGCAGACCCGUGAGCAGCGCGCGCCUACAACCUGCAAGGUCAAGCCGCAGAGCAAAGCCAGAGCACAGGACCAAGAGCAGCAGGAUCCCAUGGAGUUCACCCAGUCGGAUGAAGAGAACGAGGAAGAAGAGGUGUCCGUGGAGGAAGAGAAGGGCAGCCAGGGUGGGGCGGCGAGGCGCCGUCUCCAGGAGCAACGGGAGCGUCUCCACGGCGCUCUGGCUCUCAUCGAGCUGGCCAACAACCUGUCAGCCUGAACCGGGCCACGCUUCCCGUCUCCAGUCAGCCUUCCUGCGGCGCGUGCGGUUACUAAAAGUUGUCUCGAGCGCAGAUCAGCGACUAGUUUAGUUUGCUCGGCGACAUCAGUCCCCCUCACAGCACCAGGAAGGCACAAGCUAAAGCACCUUACUGAGCUUUCAUUUUAUCCUUUUAGGCUGCUAUAAUUAUAGGGUUUGACAAUAUGAAGAAUGUCUUUCUUUUCUCUUGCCUUCUAAAGGCAAAGAAAGAAUCUUAUGUUUUUAAACUGUUUCAUUUGCACUUUGGUAACGAGUUUAAGUAUAUUUUGAGGACGAAGCGAGAGUGUGUGGCUGUUUAUGUGGAUGAAGCUCGGACAGAAGGAUGCAGGGUGUGGUCAGACGGCAAAGAUCUGUGACGUUCAAACGGACAGAAUUGUUUUGUUUUUCUCUCCCUGGUUCUCAACUUUAAGAAGGUAGAGGUGGGAAGAAGUCUGACAUCCUUGUCUUUUGAUUUUUUUUUUAAACUUUUUUAAGAAGGGUUGAGGAUGCAAACCAGAUCAGGCAAAAAAAAAAAAAAACCCAACAACUCUGGACACUUUUUCAUGUUUUGUACGACCUGUAAAUUGUUUUUCAUACUUGUUCAGAGUCUGUUUUCAUUGUGAAGACCCCCACCACCACCUACCAUAAUCACCAAUGUUUUAUAGGAGAUGUCAACUUUUAUAUUAAAAGGUGGCAGACUGGGUUUGGCGCUGACGACAAACCUUCCUCUCUGCUGACAUUUUGAGGUGCUGGGAUCCUUCUUUAAAGGGAAGAACAGAUGUUUUUUGGUUUUUUUUGAUGAUCUGCCGAAUGAAUUCAGGUGUUUGUCCUGUCUUGACGAAGCACUUCUAACCUGUAUCAUGUGUAAAAAAAGAAAGGAGGCAGUGAGAACUAGUUUUGUUUGCAGGAGAGUGGCACCGUUAUCUGGAACCGGAUUUGUGCAGUGGAGGGAAAUUCCCCAAACUUUUUAUUUUAUAACGCUACUUCUUUUGAAACUGACCGUACAAAAACUUUUGCAUCUUUCUGGUUAUAAUCUAAAUCUGGUGUGAAAAAGAUGCUGGGAUCAACUGGAAGACAAAACGCAGAUAAACAAAAAAAAAAACAGCCGUAGUACCCUGAUACAUUUGGAAACUAUAAUCCCCAAGCUCUUGUCUUGUGUUUUAGAAAAAGUCAUUUUAAUAUAUAAAUGUAGUGUUUGUGUGCACACUAUUUACAGAAAGCUUUGGAGAUUUAAUUGUAGUUUGGGUUUGUGCCUCUGCUAACAUCCUGCAGCAGUUUCCUUGUUGGUUAGAUAACACUGCUUACCUUUAUAGUCAUUUUAUUCCACAUGUUACAGUUAUGAUUCAGUCAGGCUGUCCACACUGCUCUGUCAUUGUAAUAAAUAUUCACAGAAUC